AUGUUUUUGGCUAUAAAUGGUUCUGCUUUUCCAAUAAGGAAUGAAUUCAGAUUACCAAAACUACGAGGUUAAAAAGGUCUUCGAUAAUCGAAGUCUCGGUUGCAAGAGUAACCAGAAUCUCCAGAUAAAUCAAGUAAAUGUUUGACCAAGCCCUGUAGUCUACUAAAAUAUCAAGUUCCUGGUUCUAUGAUUUUGAUUGCCAGAUCUAUGAAGUUUUCAAAAGACUAAUUCACUCACAGGCAACGUGAAAAGCAGGAGGUUAUUCCUGAGAUUUUAGAUGGAUACAAAUAUUCAUUAGGGUAAGGAAAUAAUCAUGAGUUGGUACAGAGAAUCAUGGAUGCAAGAACUGAAUGGCAUCUAUGUAAAGAAAGUAAUUCAAUGAGUAUAAAUUUCAGAUGGCAACAAACUAAUAGAGGAUAUAAAUAUGAUAGACUGAUAGCAAAUAGUUAAUACAAACAAUGUGUAAAUCACUUUGAGUAACAUUUUGAAAUUUCUAAUAAAUAAUAUCUAUUUAGAAACCUAUGCCAACUAUGUGAAAAUAAUAAAUAAAAUGUGUUUGAUUUUGUUCCUGUUACUUUUGUCCUAGAUUUCAAUGAUGAAUCUAUAGAUUCACAAUUUACUUAAUUUAUAAAAUUUUUUGAUAAAUUUGCUCCCAAAGAUAAAAAAAUAGAGCAGUUGCCAAAAAAGUUAUAAGAGUACAAAAAAAAGUUGAAAAUUCAAAGCACUCCCCUAUUGGAUAAAAAAUUGCAUUCCAUUCCUCAAAAAAUACCCAAGUGUUAAGAAGGAGAUCAAUAUCUUUGGCUCCUUAAACCUACUUUCUUAAAUAGAGGAAGAGGAAUUCAUGUAGUGAAUGAUAUCGAAGCGAUAAUCUAAUUAAUAAGUGAGUUGUAAUUGGGAUCUGCAGAAGAUUUGGAAGAACAAAAGAAAAAAAAUGCCAUCAAGGCCAACUCAUUUGUAAUUUAGAAAUAUAUCGAACACCCAUUCCUUAUAAACAGUAGAAAAUUUGACAUCAGAGUUUGGGUCUUAGUCACUAUGGAUUUGAAUUGCUACUUCUUUAAGGAAGGCUAUAUCAGGACUUCAUGCGAAAACUUUACUACUGAUAAUGUUGAUAAUUAGUUCAUUCAUCUAACAAAUAAUGCUAUUCAGAAGUACAGUGAAAAAUACGGAGAGUUUGAAGAUGGCAAUCAAUUGUCAUUUGAUGAUUUUCAAAAUUAUUUAAAUGAUUAAGGAUUCAAGGUUGACUUUUAUGGAACCCAUGUUCCCAAAAUGAAAUAACUUGUAUGGACGUCAUUGUAAUCGGUCAAACGAAAAUUGAAUCUGUCCUAAAGAAGAUAUUGUAUGGAAAUAUUUGGAUAUGAUUUUAUCAUAGACAGUGAUUUCAAAACUUGGUUAAUAGAAGUCAAUACUAAUCCGUGCAUUGAGGAAUCCAGCAGUAUUUUAUAGAUGCUCCUUCCAAGAAUGCUAGAUGAUGCCUUUAAAUUGACUAUAGAUACCAUCUUCCCACCGAAAUAUUAAGAUGAUGAACCCACUGAUUCCAAAUAUCCUGUUAAGAAAUAUCCCAACAAUGAGAAUCUAUGGGAGCCUCUUGGCUGCUUAGACUCUCCAAAACAGUAAUCUAAAGCUAAUAUGUAUUACUAAAAUUAAUAGUAAUAAUUUUAACAGCAGAUGCAACAGUAAUAUCAGUAAUCUAGCAGUUAACAUCAUAAUUAAUUACCAUAUUAUCUACAACCUCUUACGCCUUAAUCAUCAUCCUAAUUUUAAUCAAUUUGA